CGAAAAAUCAAUUGAAUAUAAUUAUAAAUAGAUAAGACACGAAGAUGCUUAUUCCAAAGAAAAAUCGCAAACUGAUCUAUGAAAAUCUUUUCAAGGAGGGCGUUUUAGUUGCGAAGAAAGAUUUCAAUGCCCCUAAACAUCAAGACAUUGAAGUACCUAAUUUACACGUGAUUAAAGCUUGCCAAAGCUUAAAUUCAAGAGGAUUUGUGAAUACACAAUUCUCAUGGCAAUAUUAUUAUUAUUCUUUGACAGAUAAAGGCAUUGAGUAUUUAAGAGAAUAUUUACAUCUGCCUCAAGAAAUUGUUCCAGCUACUUUCAAGAAACCUAGGCCCGCUGCAAGGCCACGCCCUGAGGGAGAAGGUAGAGAUGGAAGUUCUUAUCGUACAGCAGGUCGUGGUGAUCGUGAUUAUCGUCGUCGUGAUGAUGGUGAAGGCAAAAAAGAAGGAGCUUCCGGUGACUUUAAGCCUGAAUUUAGAGGUGGUUAUGGCCGUGGUCGUGAACAACCAGAAUAGCAUAAAAUUUCAUAUUUAGUCACAUGAUAAAUUCUGAAUUUUGUUUCUGUCGACAAAAUAUUUAAACCAAUAACAUAAUAAAAAAAAAAUGGUUAUUCAAUAA